AUGCCUGUUUUGAAGAGACCUUCUUCAGCGGCUGACCUUCAACCAAAGAAGAGGCCUGCUGCUGGUGGCUCCAUCAAAGACGUGGUUUCUGAGCUGAAGCAGUCCCACGAUCAUGAUGAUGAUGCCAAUGAUGGUGAUUCCACCAACCGAGACAAGCAGAAAGCCCAGAAAUUCCACAAGAUGUUGAGCCAGGGGUCGCUACCAGACCAUAUCGUCCACAUGUUCAAUAUCGAGAGCAAGAAAAGCAAGGAGGGUGUCCGAGCCUACCAAACCAAGCUAAUCAAUUCCUUGUUUUCCAAACAGUCAGAUGGAACUUUCAGGCUCCAAACUGAUCAGCACGAGUUUCAGGAGUACCGGAAAAUUUUCCAUCAGAGUCUCGCGAAAGACAAAACAGAGUCAUUGCCCCGUACUCUCAUGCUUGCAUCUCAUUUCCAUGGAGAUGAGCAGCUCAUGAAGAAAGCCAUUGACAAUGGUGAGUUGGUGGCUAAGUAUGACAAGGAGGCGAAGCUUGAGUACCUCCAGUUCAGAAAGUUCUCCAAUGCCGAGGUGCGUGGCAAUGAGGAAGGCGAACGCGUGAUUGGGAACAAGAAGCUGUCCAGAGACCAAGCUCACUCCUUGGCCGCUGUCAUGAGCAAGCUCAAGUGGAAGUUCGAACUGAGCAAGGCCGAUGAAAAACAGUUGGAGAACGGAAAUGAGAUCCCCGAAAAAACAAAGAAGCUUGCCGCGAAGGCCAAGGAUGCAUGUGAACGCUUACUCAAGGAUGGAUCAAAGUUGGUGGGCCAUGCCGAGACCCAGAAUUUGAUCAAAGAUGGCUACAAGACCUUGUCCAACCACAUCAACAAUUUGAACAACCUCUUGAUGUUCAGUGAGUUGCCUGACAAAGCCACGAUCAACGCGCAGAGCUUGGAGAACUUCAUUGGCACCAUCGCCCGGGAUGUGGAUCAGUACCAUGGCGAAAUUCAGGCAGCCAAAGCAAGGGCCAAGGCAAAGUCCUAA